AUGCACAUGAAAAGCCUCAAUCAGUACAGUUUCAUACUUUUCUCAUCAGCCAUCAUCAUCUCUGGCUUAGUCUACUCAGCCCUGUGUUUUGCUGCUGAAUUCAAGAAAUUAAAGCUGUGUUAUCUGCCGAGAAGCCCAGCUUAUGAAUUGGGCUUUGGAGCCUUAAUCUGUCUGUGUUUGGCCCAAUUUGUUGGAAAUUUAUUUGUCUGCAAAAAACAUUUCCAAUGGAGGUGGAGAGUUAACAGAGUCUGUAAAGUUAGGAAGCAAUCAGUUUCAUGCCUUUUGCUGGUGUUUUCUUGGAUUAACUUUGGGGUGGCCGUUAUUUUAAUCGGCGUGGCCACUAGCAUGAGCCGAAGCCAGGCUUUUGGGGACGGCUGGCUUAAUGGCGAGUGUUACUUAGUGAAAAACGGGAUCUAUAUAGGCUCGGCUUUUCUCGGCUUGUUGGCUCUUGGCUCGAUUCUUGGCUCGGGAGCUGUAGUCGUGAGGAGAGUGCAAGCUGAAGAACACAAAAAGGUCCACGCCAAAAUUGAUAAGCCAACACAAAUGUAA